AUGAGUCUGCUGUCGAUACCAGCAGAGCUUCGCAUACAGAUCUACGAGUACCUGCCAGAGCUACAGCAUCGACAUGAGACCAUCUCAUGCUACUCCAAGCUCACGCCGCCAAUAUGUCAGGUGAACCGUACAAUCCGACACGAGACUGUCCCCUUGAUCGCGUCCAAUAGCAGCUUUCUGAUCGACAUCGAUGGUCCUCCUACUUUCUGGAAUAGCCGAAUCUCAACAUGGCUGGCAGCUCUAGGACCGCAGUCAGUCUCUCGCGUCCGCUCUCUUCAGAUCAGUCGACACUGGCAGAUCCCCCUGCCGAUGCGAGGCCAAGGACAUGUUGGCUUCUAUGUAAGGUUGGAACAGCGCAAGCCGAGAAGACUGACAUCGAAAUCAUCCGUGAAGUCAACAUCAUCCUUCAAGCCGGAGUGGAACGAUCGCUUUGUUCUGCCAAUGUCAGAGGGUAUGUGGGAAGUGACGACUGGCACCUAUCCUUUUGCCAGAGAUAUGAGAGGCAUGCGACUAGACAGUGUUGAGAUUCUGGCUGAGGUCGUCAGACAUCACCUUCACGUUCCGACACCUGUCGACCGCGAGGCAGCGUCCACGGGCGACAUUGAUCGGGCUGGGUUGACAACGGGGAAUGUAGUCUUCCUGGCCAGAGCCAUAGAGAUUGUCGCCUCGCAUCCAGUCUCUACAUUCGACCUCGAGCAAGGACAAGAAGGCCGCAAGCGACGGCACAUGACUUGGACGAAUAUGGAGCAACAGUUGCGAGAGCUGAGUGCACAGAGUAUGGCGACGGCGACAAUGGUCGAUGACCCGGAUGUUCCUUCCCUGCGGAGGUUCCUCACAACAUAUUGA